AUGCCGCGGACCUCGUCCAAGCACGUGAAUGCGCAGCAUGAUUGUACAAGUUGCUGCUCCCUGCGCCCAGCUGAGAUGGACCUAAGAUCCACCUGCGCAACAAACAAUCCAAGCGGCGACGCUAUUGCGGUGCGCGUCUGGCUCGGUGCCGGCGGCGCAUCGUUGUUCAGGCUGCAGGUCCACACUCUCACCGGCAGCGCGAUCCCCCUCGGCAGCGACGACGAACCAAUUUUUGAACUCAACAUAAUGACAGGUGCUACGAUCCGCCUCCACGGCAUGGCCAACUACGGCGUGGCGUCCUAUUGUGCCGCUCUCGGGCAAGCUCUGGACGCCCAGCACCAGCUGCUACAGCUACAGACUGGCGACACACAGCUACAGCUGCAACCGCUAGCACCGCAUCAAAACCAUCAGGGUCACCAACAGCAGCAGCAGCAGGCAGGCCGAGCCAGUCAUUCAGGCGGCAUCCAGACAGCAUGCAGGAGUCUUCAUCCUUGCGGCAGCAGCAGCUGCGGUAUCGCGCCGGUCCCGCACCUCCGAGGGGCCCCCACUGUGGCCGGCAGCAGGGCGGACGCAGCAGCCGCCUCAAGCUCCGCACUGAGUAUUGAGAGGGCGGCCAACCCAGUCUCCCGUGCCGUUGGUAUCGCUGACGGGCGGGCUUGCAGCAACAGCUGCAGCUUGUUGUCCCGGGCGGCGGCGGCGGCGGCGGCGGGGACCUGCCAAUGCCGUGGACUGGAAAGCGGCGCUGGCGGCAGCGGAGCAGCAGUAGCAGCAGGUACUGGCACAGGGUUCAGUGAGGCAGCGCCACGGUGCCAUGUUAAGGACUGGCUUCAAGUCCUGCUGAGUACGGCGGAUGACAUGGAUGGGGCCAGCGCGGGUGCGGCUGUACCCUGUGCAUCUCGGUGCGACGACGAUGACUGGACGACGCAGCCGGAUGCCGUUGGCGGCCCAAAUGCUGUCUGUAGCGGCUGUAGCUGCAAGAAGUCCUCAAUCCGUCCCGCGGUUGUACGGGUCACUGCAUGGCUGCGGCCCAGCCAGGGGAAUGAUAUGGCGGCGGCGACGACGGUGGCGGAGGCGGCGGCGGUGGCUGAGGAGGGAAGCAUGCGAAAGGCCGGGGUGGCAGCAGCCGUGGCGGCGGCGGCGGUGGUCGUGCCGGCACCGGUGCUUGCGAUAGGGCCGUCGCAGGAACUGGAAGAGGUGGAUGCGGUCGGCACGGCCAUCGCUUCAUGUGGUGGUGAUGAUGAUGAUGACAUGGCUAACGACACGGAUGCGGCCAGGCAGGCCUUGAAUAACGGCCUGCACUGGGUGCCCGUCGGCGGUGGCGGCGCGACACGCCGUAACGCACACUUACUGGAGCUGCUCGGGUUGCCGCAGGAGGUGCGGUCCUUUCGGAUGUCGGUUUCGGAGCUGGUGCCGGAGCCAGCAGAACCGUAUGGACCCACGGGUCAGUACGAGGAACGAGGUUCGGUCCUGGGGCUUUUGGAUAAUGCCGUCGACGCGGCCGCACCUCACUGGCCGUGUGGGGGCCCCUCGCCAUGUGGCUUUGAGUGCGACGGCUUCCUGUCGGCGUCGGCGCCGGUUGCGGAGAUGAUGACGGGCGCCGAGUCGUACAGCUUGGUGGACUGUGCUCCCGUCCCGGCGGAUGCAUCGGCGUCGUGGUCAUUGCCAGUGAUGGCGGCGGUGACGUCUUCCACCGCGGCCUGCGGGAUGCCGCCGUCGCUGCGGCGGCCGGCGGCGACUGCGCAGCAGCAUGAGCUGCAGAUGCCGCUGCGGCACACUGCGGCAGUGGAGGUUCUGAACCUGCUGGGCAGCGCAGUGGAUCCGCGAAAAGGUGCCGUACAGUGCACAGGCGGCUUUGGUUUGUCUUCAUGUGUUGGCAGGCUGGACUGGCCGGCCGACUUUCCCCCUAAGGACCUGGGGGAGCUUGACAGGGACGGAUCCCUGCCACAAAGCCAACUCAGCGCCGACCUGUUCGCUUUGAUGUUCGACGGAGAUGAAGGCGAUGAAGAAAAGGUUGCGGUGCGCCUCCCGGGGUUGAAACUGUACGGCAGACGUGGAGCAAUGCCGUACACGGUUGACGGCGGGGACGAGGAGGAUAACCAGCGGUGGUUUCGUGGAGGGCAGGACGCGGUGCGGCCGCUGCUGUUGACCUCUUUAACUACGGGAGCUGUGUGGCUGUGA